UUUACAUUUACCGAACACCGGCAAUUAGAUACACCCAACUGUAGUGUCUGUCACGAUUAGUAGAAAUUACAGCAGGAAAAAAAAAGAAAAUGCCGACGCUAGAAGACAAAGCGAUUUGGGACGACGGAGAGGAGUCACUAGGAGAGGAGGUGUUGCGAAUGUCAAAUGAUGAAAUUGUUAGCAGAACACGACUACUUGAUAAUGAAAUAAAGAUAAUGAAGUCUGAAAUAAUGAGAAUUUCGCAUGAACUACAAGCACAGAAGGAAAAAAUCAAAGAGAACACAGAGAAAAUUAAAGUGAACAAAACACUACCAUACUUGGUGUCAAAUGUGAUUGAGCUGUUAGACAUGGAUCCUCAAGACCAAGGUGAGGAAGAUGGUGCCAAUAUAGAUCUAGAUGCACAAAGAAAGGGCAAAUGUGCUGUCAUUAAAACCUCUACCAGACAGACAUACUUCUUACCUGUGAUAGGAUUGGUGGAUGCUGAAAAGCUGUCUCCUGGUGACCUUGUGGGUGUAAAUAAAGACUCUUACCUGAUACUGGAGACAUUGCCAGCAGAGUAUGACUCUAGAGUGAAGGCCAUGGAGGUUGAUGAACGUCCUACAGAACAGUACAGUGAUAUUGGAGGUCUGGAUAAACAAAUUCAAGAGCUAAUUGAAGCUGUUGUUUUACCAAUGACACACAAGGAGAGGUUUGAAGCUCUUGGUAUUCAGCCACCUAAGGGUGUAUUGUUGUAUGGACCACCGGGGACUGGCAAAACACUGUUGGCUAGGGCUUGCGCUGCACAGACCAAAUCCACUUUCUUGAAGCUUGCAGGUCCCCAGUUGGUUCAGAUGUUCAUUGGAGAUGGGGCAAAACUUGUGAGAGAUGCAUUUGCAUUGGCGAAAGAGAAAGCACCUGCUAUUAUAUUUAUUGAUGAAUUAGAUGCUAUAGGUACAAAAAGAUUUGACAGUGAGAAAGCCGGUGACCGUGAAGUACAGAGAACUAUGUUAGAGUUACUUAACCAGAUGGAUGGUUUCCAGCCCAGUUCAAUGAUCAAGGUAAUUGCAGCCACCAAUAGAGUUGACAUUUUGGAUCCAGCUUUAUUGAGGUCCGGUAGACUGGACAGAAAGAUUGAAUUCCCCAACCCGAAUGAAGAGGCGAGAGCAAGAAUCUUACAGAUCCACUCUAGAAAGAUGAAUGUCAGCAAGGAAGUGAAUUACGAGGAACUGGCUAGGUGUACAGAUGAUUUCAAUGGAGCACAGCUUAAAGCUGUUUGUGUGGAAGCUGGUAUGAUAGCUUUACGACGUGGGGCCACCGAGCUACAGCACGAGGACUAUAUGGAUGGUAUUAUUGAAGUCCAGGCAAAGAAGAAAGCAAAUCUGCAAUAUUAUGCAUAAAUCUCAAACCCUUUCAGUCGCAACUUGAUAAGAAGAGGACAUUCAAUAUUAAUACUGAAUAUGAACAGAUCUGCACCUGGAAUUGUAUUUUGGCAGCUUUUUGCCACACUUACUGUUAUAAAAUAUACCACAUCAAUGUUAUAACAUACUUAUUAUCAUUGAAUGUUAGUCUUCAUUGUAAGUUAUAUUUAUUCUGCAGUUUGAGACGAAAUGAACAUUCAAAUCUUGUUUACUCACAGAACAGAAUUUAAAAAGCAAAAUGUACAUUUAGUAAAUACGAGAACCUUUCAUAGUUAAUUGGUGCAAUUUUACAUGUACAUGUAAAGAAAAGGACUACUGGACUUGCAAAAAUUGUAAAUUUCUUAUUUAAAGUGCUACAUACAUAUGGCAUGAAAACAAAAAGUUUCCUUUUUCAUUGUUGGAGAUAUUUUUGUAUGCACUAAAGUAAAAAAUAAAAAGUAA